GAGAGAUGACGGAAUAAGGAGGAGACAGAGGCUGUGACUGGAUCCCAGGUCUUCAAGAUCUUUAGAGUAAGCUAGGUUUAUCAACCAUUUUCUGACAGGAGGAACAUGGUCCAGCCCGUGGGUAUCCUGUUGGUUUCCAUCUGCCUGUUUUACAGAUUGUUCAGUCUUCCAGACAAAGAUUAUUAUCCACCAACCAUGGAUUCUAUCAUGAAAAUGCCAGAGACAGAAGAUGAUGACUGUGUCUUUCCAUUCUGGUAUAGAAAUGAAAUAUUCUAUGACUGUGUCAAUUUCAAUGCAAAACAUAAGUGGUGUUCUUUGAACAAGACCUUUCAAGGAUACUGGAGGUACUGUUUUGUCUCAGACUAUGCUAAAUGUACCUUUCCCUUCUGGUUCAGACACAUGAUCUACUGGGAAUGCACAGAGGAUGGGGAAAUGUUUGGAAAAAAGUGGUGUUCACUCACUCCAAAUUACAACAAAGACAAGAUUUGGAAAUAUUGUACAUAA